CUCUUUUUAACAGUAAUACGAACUUAGUUUUUUGUCGGUUGUCUCUUGAAUUUUUGAUUCCUUGAGUACUUUACUCCUUAAUUAGCUUCGCUAAUUGUGUUUAGUUGAUAUUUAUUAUUGAUUGUUUUUGUUAUUUAUUUUGCCAAUACUCAAUAGCUACUAUAGAUGAGUAUAGUCUAUCAAUAGUAGUUGUGAAUUGUAAUUAAAAACUAAAAACAGAAAUUACAACAACUAUCGAAUCAAAAGUUUUCAAUAACAUGACGAUUACUCAUUAUUAAUAUUCAAUAACUGAAUACCUACUUAACGAAUUUAUUUGCUCUUUCAACAUCAUUCACUCUGUAAUAAUCUUAAUAACAGACACUAUGGGUGAAAUCAUAUCAGACCAAGAACUACGUCGCCGUUUGUUGGCAUUCAAUACAGUAGUACCUCCUGUUACCAGUACUACUAGGAACUUGUUGUUGAAAAAGCUUGCAAGUCUUGAAAGUAAACAAUCAAGCAAUACAGCUGCUUCUAAUAUUAUGCCACCACCAAAAUUAAGAGGUUUAGCUAAUGGUACCAAUGAGUCUAUUAUAAUAUCAUCUUCUAUGGACGGAAAAAAUUCUCAGCACAAGACAUUUGAUAACAUGAAUAGUCCCAGGAAAAGCGUUCGUCAACAGCGAAAGUAUCAAGCUCCAGAUCUAUUUGAUACUUCAGAUUCGGAAGUUGAUACUGGUACACUAGGACAUUCCAUAUUGUCUGCCAAUCCAUAUAUAGCUAGUUCUUCUCCUAAAUCAAAUGAAACAUCUUUAAUGAAUGUAUCCAAUUGGAAAAAUUCUCAUGACCAACAAAACUUAUAUGUUUCACCAGAAACAAAAAAUUCUCCUGUAAAAAAAUAUGAAAUACAAUCAGAUAAAAUAACAUCUAAACCUUUUGACUCUAAAGCAAUCAAAAGAUCGACAGUAGUUAUUGAACCAAUUCGUUUAAGUUCUGUUUCCAAAACUCCAUCACAUGCUGAUCAGGCAAUACAAAGGUGGAAAGAAAAAAUGAAGAACCAAUCACAGGAUGAAAACAAUUUACCAAAGACAACUUCAUUGUUUAAUUCACCAUCACCUAUUUCAAAAAUGCCUUCAAAAAGUUUAAGGAAAAAUUUUGUUCAAUCUACACGACAAAAGAAUCUAAUAAAUUAUACAAAAAACACACAAAUUAUCAUGCUCCUUUUUGUUGGAUUUUUUGCUGUGUGUUUUGGAUUAUACUUUGUUGCAGUACAACCAAGCAAAACUGUAUUACCAACAAGUAUUUUAAGCUCAUUAUGUGCUAAAAAAGGUUUCCAAGGACUUGAUUGUGAUACAGAACAAGAAAAAGUACAACGUUUGUACAACUUAUUAGUAAUGCAAGUACAAGAUAAGUAUAUAAAGAACCAAUGUGAUAAAUCAGAUAUUGAGCCAAUAAUAAAUCCACAAACUGUAUUUGAAUAUAUUUCAACACAUGAAAAUUUACCAUCCAGGGAAAUUGAAGAAUUAGUUGAACUUUUUAAAAGCAUUGCAAAAACCUAUUCUGAUUCACCAAUUGGAUUUGACACUUCAUUUAAAAUCAAUGUACAACCAAAUUUGCCAAUUCUCUGUGCAACAAAACAUAUUUUUUCCAAUAUGUUUUAUCUAAUUACAUGGAUUGGUAUAGUGGCUCUGUCAAUUGUUGGUCUUUAUUUUGUUAUAUGCUACAUCUCAACAAAAAGUGAAAACUAUAAACAGGAAGUAAACCAAUUAGUUGAAAAUACAAUUGAUUUACUUAAAGAACAAGCACGAAAUAAACCAAAUGAAAGUUAUUUACCUAUUAUUCAUAUACGUGAUCAUUUGAUUCCAUUCAAUGAAAGACAAGCAAAAUCUAAAAUUUGGGCUGAAGUAGUUCAAUACUUUACUGAAUCAGAAUCUAGUGUAAGAUCCGAAGUUCAAGAAAUUGAUGGUGAAGACUUCCAAGUAUGGAGAUGGGUUCAACCUAUGUCACCUGGUGUUAGUAUGAGUUAGGUUAAAUGAUACAACAUAAUGACAUUAAUUAAGUGACGAUUAACGUAUCUCAUAAUUUUUAUAAAUCAUUUGGUUUGUACUUAAUGUUUAUAAACCUUAACAUGUUCAAGCAAUCAAACAUAAGAUAGUUUUAUUAUAUGAACAAAUGUUUAAUUAUAAGUACUUUAUGUUUUUGUAUUAUCUAUU